AUGUUUGGCAAAAAGCAACAAAUCGAUUACAAGAAGUCUCUCCAGAAAUUCCUGGACAUCAAAAGGGAUUCAUUUAACCGAUUGAGACAUUUGAGGAUCAUUUUAGGUGUUUCAUGGACACAGAUCAUAUGGCACCAACUGAUCACCAUUGGUAGGGGUGACUGGUUCUCGAGGGGCUCCUUAGGGUGUCCAUGGGAUCAGUUUGAGGCCCAUAAUGUGACGGACGUGAAGGAGUCGAAGGAGUUGUUUGAACACCACUUCCCACAUAUAUAUCACAUAUUCUUCGACUCAUUCCUCACUUUGGAAUCGCUUUACAAACAAAGAAAUCAUAAGCCAAACAAAGAGGAGUUGGAUUCAGUUCUCUAUAUAUUUGAAAAAAUAUUGACAUUUUUGCCGGAAUUGUUGCAAAAGAAAUGGCAGUUUCAGAGCAUUUUGUUGAUAUUCCGCAAAGUCUUACAUCACCUCAAUAUCAUUAAAAUAAGACAGGAAGGGAUGCGACUCUUCUUGAUUUGGUAUCAAAUAGUUGGCGACGAAGUGUCCAAUGCGUCAGAACUCGAGACAAUAUACGCCUCAUUAGUGCCCGGAUUAGUACCCAGUCUUCCAAACCUCUUCCUGCCAUCACAUCAGUCCCACUCGAGUCACGAAUCAUCCAAUCUAUCAGUUCAUGACUCCAAUGGCAAUCCCAUCACUUCAUCGUUCAAUAGCACGGAUCAGCCAAACCUAAUGACCCUAUCGUUGAGUCCAUCAUCGGUGCAGUCAUGUCCGGUCGAGCCGUUUGUACCGAUGUUUAUGUUGGAGUCACAGCCGCACGACAUCACCUGUUAUUACCUCCAGUGUCUUAUGGAUCACAUGAUAACCCAAUCCACAAAAAUUCAUUGGAAAGAACACAAAGACGUCAAACAAAUGAAAUGUUUUGAGUUUUUGUGGCAAAAGUUUUACAAAACAUAUUUGUCUCACAUUUUCCCCAAUUUAACAGAAGUCUCGUUAUAUAAUCCGUGGACAGAACUGCCAGUAUUACGCAAAUGUAUUGAUGAUAACCUCUACUUCGACAGCAAUCGGUUCCCAUAUCGAGACACUCUUCUGCACUCGCAAUCAGUUGUGUUGCGGUGGCUCUCGAAGUACUUGAAGACAGACACCAAUGAGCCGUCAGAUCGCAACGAAAUGAUUGAAGAGCACCACCACUACAGCAAACUGUUCCACUCGCACACCAACUCCAUCGACGGCCACGACUCGCACUUUUUCAAUGAAUGGCGCGAACCCACAGCCAUUGAGUACCAUAUUAUCAAUAAUGUCUUCAAUUCGAGUCGAGUUUACGUCAAUUUAAUCCAUUCUCUGUUCAAAGAAGCAUUUCUUUUGCCUUUUUCUCACGCCAUUACUAUCAGGAAAGUGAUCACAGUUUACAGACACUGGGUAUACGGCACAGCAUCUCAGAUGCCAGCGUUCAUUGAAUCGCCCAUUCCUUCCAACUCUAACAAUAACAGAGAGGACGUGAGGGCCGGGCUCUCAAACCUAUUGCGAGUAUUUGUCUCCAUUUCGUCGAAUGUAUUCCUUCUGGAAGUGCCCUCCGAUAAGCCAUUGAUGCUCGAGGAACAGGUGGAGAUGUGUAAGCGUGUGCUCAACAUCUAUAGAUAUAUGGUUAUGAAGAUUGACAUGGAUAAGCAGGCCUGGGAACAAUUACUAGAAGUUCUGCUUCAAAUCACUUCACUUGUAUUGACACCGAGUGUUCCCAUCAGAAAAGAUGAUACUUUGGGCGGACGGUUAGCACCGGCUUUCUUUCAGACAUUAAUCGUGACGUGGAUUAAAGCAAAUCUAAAUGUGUUUGUCUCGAACUCUUUAUGGGAAAAGUUUCAUGAAUUGGUCUCAUCGUUGACCAAUUGGGAGGAACUGAUCAAAGAGUGGAGCAAAACAAUUGAUACGUUGACGCGAGUGAUGUCUCGAUACGUAUAUAACAUUAAUUUACACGAUUUGCCGCUUGAAAGACAAUUAGACAAAAAUAAGCGCAGAUUUCGGGUGCGA